AUGUCAGCCUCUCCUCCAAUCACUCGGGAUACAGAAGUCUGGUACCACGAUGGCAACGUCGUUCUCGUCGCCGAGGACGUCGCGUUCCGCGUCCACAGGUCCAUCCUGGAGGCGAGCAAGUCUGCGGUCUUCCGGACGCUCUUCGAGGUCCCCCAACCGCUGCCCGCCGCCGCCGAUCACCUCGACGGCUGCCCCGUCGUGCACGUGUCCGAUUGCGCAUACGAUAUGCGCGAGUUCCUCGCCGUGCUCUACAGUGGCCCGCGAGCGUUCGCCCCCUCCGCGACGUACACGCUCCCGAAGCUGCUGGCCGUCGCGCGCCUCAGCCACAAGUACGAGCUAGAGGACGUCCUCGCCGCCGCGACGGCCCGCCUCGCCGCGGGCGAGUUCCCGCUCAGUUUCGCGACCUGGGACGCGCACCAGUCCGCCGCGGGCUCGGACGCGGACGCGGUGCGGCUCGCGCAGGCGAUCCCGGCCGUGAACCUCUUCCGGCGGAUCGGGCGGCACGAUCUGCUCCCCGCGGCGUACUACCACUGCUACCGGCUCCCCGCGCGAGCCCUCCUCGAGGGGCGGCGGUGCCCGGAGAGCGGCGUGCUGGAGCGGUUCACCUCGGCGGAGGCGCUCGCGGAGUGCAUCGCCAUCCGCGACACGUUCUUCCAGAACCAAGGGUGGAUGUUCCGCGGGUUCGCGGAGAUCGAGAUGGAGGGCGGCGGCGGGCACCAGGAGGACUGCGAGCGGCUGUGGGGGGACUUCCACGACGCCCAGCGGAACUUUUCUUCCGCUUGCUGGUCAGUGGACUCUGGGUUUGGAUUGCUGGCGUCGAGGAGAGAGGAGUUCGCGCCGUUUGAGCGCUGCGAGCAAUGCUAUAGCAGGCUGACCGAACGUUGGGAUGCCCUACGGCAGGAUAUGUGGACGUGGCUGCCUGUUAUAUGCGGUCUGCCGCAUAUUGAAGGCUGGGAUACUACCUCAGACGAUGGGGAUUUGUCGGAAUAA